AUGGAGGGGUUUGCAGCCACUGGGAAUCCAUUCUACAGCUGCCGGAAGUGUCGAAGCCCUCUUGCUCUUCGUGACGACCUGCUCUCCAAAUCUUUUGUGGCGAAAUCUGGAGGAGCAUUUUUGUUCAGAAAUGCAAAGAACAUUGUGUUGGGGAAAACAGAAGACAGACAACUAUUGACAGGAAAAUUUGAGACAGCAGACAUCUACUGCAGCAAAUGUGGUGAAGGGUUGGGGUGGAAAUACAUCCGAGCUUAUGAUCCAUCACAGGUAUACAAGGAAGGCAGGUUUAUACUUGAGAAGGCCAAGAUAUUCAAAGUCUAUUAA